GCAUGGAUGGAGUUUCAAGAUUUAUUUAUAUAUAUAUUUACAUAUAUAUAAAAGGUGUAUCAAUAUGUUUCUAUAUAUUUCAACUGUUUUCUACUGGGAACCCGUGCACACAAUGAGAGCAUGAAAAACUCCACAGUGGAAGUGCAUCAGUGACCACUGGCCAUCAAACCUGAACGCUUUCCUGUAAGGCACGAGCUCUAACCACUGAGUGACCCCAGGAACCUUACUUAGCCUGAGUGUGUGUGUGUGAGAGAGAGCGAUAGAGAGAGAGAGGAGGUCCAGUUCGUGGUGGUCGAGCUCUGCGGUGUAAUCGACGUCUGAGACUGACAGCAGUGACAGUCCAAUGGGAGCGGCGGACACGCCGACGCCGUCAAAUCACACACGGGAAGGAGGCGCCGUCAGCGACAUCCUGAUGACGUCAUACACAAACAGCUGGUCGUAUGGAAAGAGAAUGUGAAAAAAGGUAGAGCAGCACAGUGGCUGAGAUCAGCACCCCGGGCUGGAGCCCUUCUCACGGUACUUCUAACGAUGUGGCAGCAGGAGCGUCGCGGCUCAGGAUGUAGCCCUGCGCGGCUCCUCUGGCGGCUCUGCGCCGCUCUGUGGCUGUGGGCGGUCGGAGAUUGCCUUUUUGUGACCGAAUACUUCACCCACACGCCGCGUAAACUCAACGCUUUCAACUCAUUCGCCAGUGUGGAACUGUUCCACUUCAGUGUGCCUGACAACAGCAUGAUGGCCAUAUGGAACCUCAUCACCUUCAAGGAGCAAGGAAGCACGUUUGGAGACAGCUGCCCCAAUCGCAACGUGACUGUGUACUUCAGGUCUGGAGCUCCACCAGUAAUCAACCCCCUGUACACUCGCUUCCCCCGGGACACCAUUGUCCCAGGGUCCUUUGCCAUGACUCUGACCUGGACUCUACCCAACCGUACAAAUGGAGCGUUCAAUGUGACCAGCCCGCUCCCUGGAGACUGGUUCCUUGCAGCACAUUUACCCAAGGAUGAAGGCAAGAUCUCAGUCAAGGGUCUGUCAGAGGAAUGCCAGUAUCUGUUCCAACCUCAGCUUAUUGUCCAGAGGCUCAUUGGGAUUUUAGUGCUUUAUCCUGGAUACUUCAUCAACCAGAUGAUCCCCAACAACAACAGAUCUGCCCUCUAUAAAGUGUUCAUCCCUAAUUAUAUAUCAAAGGUAAAAGUCCAGCUGGUAAACUGCAGCACCAAGAACAAGAGCAGCGACAGUUGUCCUGUGGUGCUGAAGAUAAGACCGCGGGCGCCACCGGUUCAUAACUCAAGUGCCUUCGACUGCAGGGAGUGGAACCUGUGUGAAUUAGAGACAGUUGUUCCUGCAUGGGAGCAGUGGUACUACAUCCUGGUGGAGAGAUAUCUUAGUACCAGUGAUGUCUAUUUCCGCAUCAGUGUGCAGGUCACAGGUUGCUCCAAGCUCAAUUUAUCCAAGGAGCGAGCGCAGCCCAGCUCGUCCAUGAACAUGCCUCAGUCGUUUGGAUCGGCAAUGGGUUUCUCCCUGUCCGAGACCCUUUCAUUGGCUAACCUGCCUGGACUGUUGCCUAAUGCCUCAAACCUGCAAACCUCGGAUGACGGCGUCAUUUACCUCGCCCCCAUCACUGACACCAACAAGUGCUGGCCCAUCCGCCCGACUCUGCGAAACGAGCUGGACACGUUCUCCGUGCACUUCUACGUUUUCUUUGGUCCAAAUAUGUCCAUUCCACCCGACCGAGACGCUGUGUUUGCCAUCAACCUGAUGCCGGUGUUGGACAGUGGAGGAGUCCUCAACAUGGAGCUAAAGCUGAACAUGUCUCUUCUGAGAGGAGCUAAUGUCACGGUGUUCGGCUGCCUGAACCACGGGAUGCCUCUGUUUCUACGGGACAACUCGUCGAUGAAAUGUGAAUCAGAGUCAGUUGCCGGGUUUUCUCUUUCUGUGAACAAUUCUGUCAACAUCACCAAACUGAGGAUCCCGUACCCUCAGACUGGGACGUGGUAUCUCAGCCUGCGCUCACUGUGUGGCACUGAACAUGGGUUCGAGACCUGUGUUAAUGUCACAGCCGAGGUAUAUAUGCGUUCUUACCUGACUCCCUGCAUCAACGACUGCGGCACAUAUGGACAGUGCAAGCUCCUGCGCACCAACAACUACCUUUAUGCGGCAUGCGAAUGCAAAGCAGGCUGGGAUGGCUGGGGAUGCACAGACAACUCUGAGGCGUACUCCUACAGUUUCCAGCUGCUCUCCACCCUGCUGCUCUGCCUCAGUAACCUGAUGUUUGUUCCUCCUGUGGCCAUCGCCAUCCGGAGCCACUACCUGCUGGAGGCGUCAGUCUACAUCUUCACCAUGUUCUUCUCCACUUUCUACCACGCCUGUGACCAGCCUGGUAUUGUGGUGUUUUGCAUCAUGGAGUACGAUGUCCUGCAGUUCUGCGAUUUCCUCGGGUCCCUCAUGUCAGUCUGGGUCACUGUCAUCGCUAUGGCCAGGCUAAAGUCCAUCAUAAAACAGGUGUUGUAUCUCCUGGGGGCCAUGUCUCUGUCUAUGGCACUGCAGCUGGACCGCCAUGGUCUUUGGAACCUGCUGGGACCCAGUCUGUUUGCUCUAGGCAUCAUGGCUGUGGCGUGGACGAUGCGCACCAUCCGCCGUCGCCAAUGCUACCCUCCCACCUGGAAACGCUGGGUAUUCUUCCUUUUCCCCGGCACCAUGAUCGCCAUAUCCGCCGUGGCCCUCUACGCCUUCGUGGAGACGGAGGAGAACUACUUCUACAUCCACAGCAUCUGGCACAUACUGAUCGCAGGCAGCGUGGGCUUCCUGCUGCCGCCUCGCGCCAAACCCGACGCCAAGGUGACCCCGCUGAAGCGGAAGCGGGGCUGCGGCUAUCAGCUGUGCGUGAACGAGCACGAGGAGCUGGGCCUGGUGGACCCUGGCAUUAUCUCCAUCAACAGCAUCUGUACCAGCUGAUGAACUCCUGGCCUUUGAUCCUUAGAGACACUUAAUUGCCUUCCGUAAUUUAGGAAAACUCACAACGGGAAAUUAAGCCACAGAACUUGACAAAGCUAUGUAAAUACUUUAAUGCUACAAGAGAAUUGUUUUUUUGUUUUUUGUUUUUUUUUUUUCGUUGUUAAAUAUCAUGGUACUUACUAUCAACUGUAAUUAUUAUUUUUAUUGUUAUCUACAGUUAAAGUUGUUCUGAUAAAUUGUGGGUGUACAGUGACCAGCUGUUUUGUGUGAAUAUAUAUUUAAAGUCCGAGCUGAAACUGCUAUCUGAUGGUGACUGUAAAACUGCUUUGUUUGGUUAUUUAUUGGUGUCCUGGCAAACAGGCAAUACAUUUUUAUUGGUAAGGCGGAGGUCAAGGAGGGCAUCAAAGGGUCUGGCGUGUGGGGGUGGGGGGGCAUUUACCAAAGGGCACGGCUUUUUUCCUGAAAUUCUUUCUGAACAUACUGC